AUGGACGAAAGCGCUCAGAAUAUCGUUGACUAUAACGAGAGCUUACGCAAGGUAUAUAUCUCACCGAUAUCAAACAGCCUUGACAAUGCUCUGAAGACAUUUGGUGCCUCCUCGAGGCAAUAUCAGAUCAUACUUGGGAUGUUGAGAGAAUGCUUGCAGGAUAUCGAAGAGGAAGAACAGAAGCAGAGCAAAACCCAGGUGGUUGAUGCAGACAUGCUCAGUAUGGCGAUGGGAUUUUUGAAGAUUGGGAAAUGA